AAUCAUUUCUUCUUUCUCAAAAGAAAAGUGUGGCACACGAAGCUCUGAGCCUCAGACACGACACACCUUCAGAUGGAUGCCAGCCAGCAGCAGAGGGAAACUAAACUUUCAUUAACCGACACGCUCUCCGCCCACACGAUGAACUCUGCGUUGUUGUAAACUCACUGACUUUUACUCCUAAAUGUUGGACUGCACCUUUAACGUCCCUGAUGCGCCUGACUCCUGGGUUUGUUCAAUUAGUGUGUAGGUGGAGCAGCGGAGGAAGGCGACCGCAGAGCGGCAGCCGACAGGCGGACUCGUCGUGUUUUCUUGUUCCUGGACGCGGAGGAAAGCGGCUGAAGUCAGCGUCUCAGUUUGCAGUCAGCCGUAGGAAGUUAAUCUGCGACGGUGUGCCAAGUCCCGAUGGUGUUGGAGAAAGAUUUCCCCAUGAUUGAGGUGUCGAUACCUUCGAUGGAGAGGGAGGUGGAUGAGUCGGGAAAGUCCAAAAAGCUUUUCAGAGUCGAGGUUUUGUUCAACGAGAGGAAACAUUUUGUGCUCAGAAGAAACAGCGAAUUCCAGACUCUGCACAGAAAACUCAGGAAGAUCAUCCAGACUCCAGAUUUCCCAAGCAAAAGGAACCCCCAUCUGAGGACCAAACCCCUGGAGCAGAGGAGGCAGGAGCUGGAAGACUACAUCCAGGACAUCAUCUAUCAAAAUGAAGACGUGCCGCAGGUGCUGCUGGACUUCCUCCAUGUCAAACACUUUCACACGGGCAACAAGAUCAGCAGCACGGAAUCACUUGAUGAGUUGGACAGUCAGGAUGACAGUUAUCAGUUACCACAUCAGCGAGUGAUGGGAUUUUUUCAGGAUCCUUAUCUCUCUGACCGCACAACAGGUCUCCCAGACGUCGUUGUGGACGGGGUGCUCCAGGGUUUUUACCCCCGGGAUGUUCGUGUCAGCUUCACUGCCCCGACUCUCGCCGAGUCCGACCCCACCGCCUCAAUAGAGGCCUGAAAUGUAUAGUUUGUAGGAUUUAAUAUUUUAAAAUAGAAAAAGCAGUCCUGGAAGAUGGGAAGUAGUGAGCUGCAGCCCCCUCAGCACCUCCUAAAACCAAGCAUUAUAAAAACCGUGAAGUGAGACAAGAGCCUAAUGUUGCUCUUCAGUUCUGGAGUGUAUGAGCUACACUGCAGACUGGAGUCUCCGUUCUCAGUGACUGACACAUCCACUCUCGGCAUCCCUUCAUGCCGUGCAGUCGAGUACACAGUAAGUGAAAACAUACACUUGCAUGACGCAAAAGAAAACCGGCCUGAAGUAGGUCACUUUGGAGGACGUUUUUGUACAACAUCAGCGGCCCAAGUGGGAAUUAAACCCGAAACGCAGGCUUUGCUGUUCCGAUGGUCCUCCUGUUGUGGUGCUCGGCCUCAUUACAGCCCUCUGGGAAUCUCAUAUUGAGGCCAAAUAUCAUUUUAAAAAUCUGUUUGCAGAGUCAGUCACUCAGUGUGUGUGUGUGCUGAUGUAUGAGGACGGGUGUUAAAGCAGCAAACUGUUUUUAAUGAAAAUGUGGCCACUUGCAGAUGUGCCUUUUAUUCAGUUUAGCAACACUGUAGCUUAGUUUGAUUUUAAAAUAAAGGAGCAGCGUGGGAUGAGGGGGGGGGGUCAGUUUUUGUUUUUGUGUUUUUUAUAAAGAAAUUCUUGUUUCCAGUCUUGUCCCAGUUUGUCUCAUGUAUUACAGACUGAAAAGACAAAACACAUACAUGCGUGCCUGUGAAGACUCUUCACAUGCUGGUGCUGACACAACUGUUUUGUGUAAACAGGUGUUUUUGAAGUUUGCAUAUACUGCAAGCACUUUUGUAUCAUCUUGUUUCUAUUGAAAUUAUAAUAAAGAAUUAAAUGCGA